UAUGCCAUCCAUUAUUCUCGUUUUGCGCCCGGUGUUCUCGCGAGAAGUGGCACAGCAGAGAGAGAUACGCUAGCUCCGUUCACCUACCGUGUUAGUUAACUGACAGAAAGCCCAGCCGGGAGUAGUUGCUCAGCGCUGAUGGUGAAUAGCCACUGCUGCGGUAACGGGGCGGAGGAGAAGAAGAAGAAGAAGAAGAAGCCGCAGGAGUCAGCGGUGGCAGAAGAAGCAGUGAUAGAUCGGAGUUAGUCUGGUAGAAUAAUAGCAGUGUUAUCAUCGGAUUGGUAUAAAAACCCCAGAAGGGAGGGAAAGGGAAAGAAUAAGGAAAGAUGGCGGCCGCGGCCUCGCCGGGCUCCGGCUCGUCGUCCUCUUCAGACUGGGUCGUAGUGAGAGACGGCUGCCUGCGUUGCGACGAGGAAGGCCUGCGAAGCCUGUCCUACCACCCGGCCCUCAACGCUAUCCUGGCCGUCACCAGCCGGGGCAGCAUCAAAGUCAUAGACGGCACCUCCGGGACCAUUCUCCAGGCUUCAGCGCUACACGCUAAACCUGGCGGUCGUGUCAGGUGUCAGUACCUUCCUGCAGUGGACAAGGUGCUUUUUGUGGACGACUAUGCAGUGGGAUGCAGGAAGGACCUGAAUGGCAUCCUGCUCCUGGACACAGCUCUCCAGCCUCCAGUGGCCAAGCCUGAGGAUAUGGUUCAGCUGGAGCUGCCGGUCACAGAGGCCCAGCAGAUGCUGUCAGCCUGCCAGGAAAAGAUCGACGUGUCUAACACAGAGGGCUACGAACUCUUCAUCAACCAGCUCAAAGAAGGCCUGAAGAAUACCUCACACGAGACGGCAGCCAAUCACAAAGUGGCCAAGUGGGCGACAGUGACCUUCCAUCUUCCCCACCACGUGCUGAAGCUGGUGGCCAACGCCAUCGUCAAUGAGCUGAAGAAGAUAAACCAGAAUGUAGCUGCCUUGUCUGUGGCCUCAUCCAUCAUGGACAGGCUCUCCUACCUCUUGUCAAAUGCAAGGCCUGAGCUCGGGGUGGGGCCCGGGCGCUCUGUAGAUAGAUCUUUGAUGUACAGUGAGGCCAACAGGAGGGAGACUUUUACAUCGUGGCCACACGCCGGGUACAGGUGGGCUCAGCCUGAUCCAAUGGCUCAAGCAGGGUUUUACCACCAGCCUGCCUCAACAGGGGAUGACAGAGCCAUGUGUUUCACCUGCAGCGUGUGUCUCGUCUGUUGGGAACCCACAGAUGAGCCCUGGUCCGAACACGAGCGCCAUUCUCCCAAUUGUCCGUUCGUGAAGGGCGAGCAUACGCAGAACGUGCCGCUGUCGGUGACGCUGGCCACCAGCCCCGCCCAAUUUCCCAACAGUCCCGACAGUUCGGACAAGAUUGCCUGCUACGGCUUCGGCAGCUGCCCGCAGUUUCUGGCUGCUGCUACCAAGAGGGGCAAGAUCUGCAUCUGGGAUGUCUCCAAAAUGAUGAGGGUGCACUUGAAGUUCGACAUCAAUCCGUACGACCCGGCCAUCUUGAGGCAGCUGAUUCUGUGCGGUGGCGAGCAGAGCCAGCAGACACUGACCGAAUCUCGGAGACCAACUCUGGCUUGGCUCGAGGAGACCUCCUCCUGCUCUGAUCUUCCCAAGCUAGAGGGAGACAGUGAUGACCAGUUGGAGGAUUCAGACAGUGAUGACCAUUCCCGAUCAGAGUCAGUAACAGGCCAACAGUCCCAGUGGGAGAGCAUGGAUGUUAGCCUAGGGGUCACGUCGCUGAGUGUGCUCCAGCAGCCAGAGAAGCUCCAGUGGGAGGUGGUGGCCAGUGUGCUGGAGGACACGGUCAAGGACCUGGAGGAAUUGGGUGCCAACCCUUCACUAAACCAAGCCAAGGCCCACAGCCAGGCCAAAGCAAAGGACAAGGUCCCUGACAACCACAACAUUCCCUUCCCCUGCCUGCUGGCAGGAGGUCUGCUCAGCUACCGCUCAGCAUCCAGCACCCCCAUGGUUGUACCCCCACCCACAGCCCCAGCUACAACACGGAGGACCACAGAUGGUCCCCUUAGGACUUUGGGCCCAGAGCCCUUCCAUCCUGGGCCUCUACAGGACCAGGGCCUCAUGGAGAUAGAGACCUGCAACCCCCAGACUGCAGCCCAGGAGCAGGGCUUCUCUAACCUAGUAGGGUCCCAACCACCAAGCCCCUCUACUCUGCCGGCUGUGCGCAGAACUAUACCUGUGCUGUUGCUGUACAGUAUCAGAGAGGUGGACGACAAGUCCUCAGGGCAGGUGUUUGCUCAAAUGAACAACCUAAUGAGCAAGGGGCUCCAUGAGGAGGGCUUCACUGUUCCACAGAUUAUAGAGAUGGAGUUUGACACGCACGAGCAGCUUCUCCUUCAGGAUCCUCCCAUCACUUACAUUCAGCAGUUUGCUGACGCAGCAGCUAACCUGGCAGGGUUAGACGGGCACAUGGACAAAUGGAGCACACUGGCUGCAGCAACUGCCUCCACCCCACCUCGACCUGGAGCACUGGUGCAGUGCUUGAGGCUGCCCAAACAGCUGGCAGAGGAGAAUCUUUACGUGGACUCUGUCACACCCUGCUGGGAUGGUGUGCACCUUCUGAUCGGCCUGCAGCCAUGUAGUGCUGAAUCUCUGAGCGCUACGAACCAAGUGGAGGCUCUCAACAAUCUCAACCGCCUGCACUCUGCCCUCUGCAGCCAGCGCAAAGGAGACCCCCUACACUCAGUGGCCAACGGGAUGGAAGGCCACCACUCAGGGGGGUCACCGCCUCAGACACCCCUCAUUCUGCCCCCAGGAGACCAGCAGCAGCAGCAUAGGUCCCCAAGUUGCGGGAGUGGAGGCUAUCUUGCACUCUACAAGCUCAACUACUCAACCCGAAUUGUCACCUUAGAUGAGGAACCCAUCAAGGUGCAGCAGAUCUGGGACCCUUGUGAUGCCAUCACCUCUCUUAUAUUGCUUCCUCCAGAUGUGCUUGAUAGCAGGGAGGAUGACAAUGAAGAGGCUCCUGAGGAAACUCACCCCUCCGGGUCAAAACAUGGCUCAUCUCGGUUUGGAAUGGGCCCGGCAGGCCCCGCUAGCUCUGGAACUGGGACUGCAUGUGGAGCAGCCACAAACUGCAGCAGCGCAACUGUCACCGGUCCCUCCACCUCUGCCUCGAGCCACAAAGAUGGCAAACGGUUAGAGGUGACAGGCCUGGGCCACCUGGUGGUGACCACGCAGGGAGGGUACAUUAUGAUACUGGACCUGUCCACGUUGGAGGUCCUGGCCAAGGUGGAGCCACCUAAGAAGGAGGGGCCAACAGACGAGACGGAUCCCUUUGUCUCAGUUACCUAUUGCUCUGGGACUGAACGCCUUUGUGCCUGUACCAAAGGUGGAGAACUUCAUUUCCUUCAAAUUGGAGGUGUGUGUGACGAUCUAGAUGAUGGAGACAUGUUUAUUGACGGCCCCCUUUGUAAAGGGACUGAACUGCUGCUUGAGGGGGCCAAGCCCUCUUCUAACCCCUCUAGCCCUGGGAUCACAGGAGUAGACCUCCUGGUGGACCAACCACUGACCACGGAGAGCCUGAUGUCAUUAGUGGAGCUGACGCGCUUCGAGACGUUGACCCCCCGCUUCUCGGCCACAGUGCCGCCAUGCUGGGUGGAGGUGCAGCAAGAGCAGCAGCAGCGACGCCACCCGCAGCAUCUUCACCAGCAGCACCAUGGAGAUGCAGCCCAACACACUCGGACAUGGAAGCUUCAGAGUGAUAGCUCCAGCUGGGACGAGCAUGUGUUUGAACUGGUGCUGCCCAAGGCCUGCAUGGUGGGCCAUGUGGACUUCAAGUUUGUUCUGAAUGCCAACAUCGUCAACAUUCCUCAAAUCCAGGUCACUUUACUGAAGAACAAAGCACCCGGGCUGUGCAAAGUCAGCGAGACAGCGGUAGACAAACAGAUCUCCUUCCCCCUCUCCAACGUCCUCCAUUCUAAUGGGGAAAGGAACGGCCGGCCUCUGUUGCAUGACUUCGCAGAGGACAUCCAGUUCAUGGACAUAGAAGACACAUCAGGCUCCCUGCUGUGUCCAUUCCUAGAGGACCACAAGGAGGACAUCCUGUGUGGUCCAGUGUGGCUGGCCAGUGGGCUGGACCUCUCUGGCCAUGCGGGCAUGCUCAGCCUCACCAGCCCUAAGCUGGUCAAAGGCAUGGCAGGUGGCAAGUACCGCUCCUUCCUGGUUCACAUCAAAGCAGUGAGUGACAGGGGCAUGGAGGAGAGCCCCCGGCCUGUGGUGAGAAUGCCCAGCGCCAAGCCCCAGGGCACCAAAACCCACUCACUGUCCACCCUGCUGCAACGGGCUCAGGCCUCCAAGGAGAAGGUCUCUGCAGUGAAAAGCGAGAGCACAACACCCUUGAAGAAAGUAGAAAACCUGCGAGGCUGUGACCUCCUGCAGGAAGUUUCAAUCACAAUCAGAAGGUUUAAGAAGACGUCAAUGCCCAAAGAAAGGGUCCAACGCUGUGCUAUGCUGCAGUUCCCAGACUUCCAUGAGAAGCUGUUGGACGCAUUGUGUAGGCGGACAGAGGGCAGCCUGGCCACAGAGCACGCCCAAAGUCUCAUCCUAGACAUCUUGUGCUGGCUGGCCGGGGUUUUCUCCAACGGACCCUGCAGUAUAAGAGAAGGAAAGGAGGGCCUGCUGGCGAAAACCCGGACGCGGUUAACGGAUAUCGUGCGGAUGUGUUUCUUCGAGGCUGGCCGGAGCAUAGCCCACAAAUGUGCUCGCUUUCUUGCACUUUGUAUUAGCAAUGGGAAAGGGGACCCAAGUCAACAGGGUUUUGGCGUGAGUCUUCUGAAGGCUAUGCUAGACAAUAUGCCUUAUUUGCCUGCAGCAGCAACAGGUGGCUCAGUGUUCUGGUACUUCGUGUUGCUGAACUAUGUGAAGGAGGAGGACCUUGCGGGCUGCAGCACCGCCUGCGCCUCCCUGCUCACCACAAUCUCUCGACAGCUGCAGGAACGCCUCACCCCGCUGGAGGCACUGCUACAGACCAGGUAUGGCCUGUACAGCUCUCCUUUUGAUCCGGUGCUCUUUGACCUGGAGGUCAGCGGUUCCUCCUGUAAGAAUGCCUUCAACAGCAGCAUUGGAGUCCAGUCAGAUGAGAUCGACCUCUCUGACAUUCUGUCAGGGAACGGAAAAGUGAGCAGCUGUGCAGCAGCAGAAGGCAGCUUCACAGCAUUGACGGGACUCCUGGAGGUGGAGCCUUUGCACUUUACUUGCAUCUCUACUAGUGAUGGCACGCGGGUGGAACGAGAUGACGCCAGCAUGUUCACUGUGAGUACAUUUGGCGUGACGCCUGCGGUGGGCGGCCUGUCGACAGGAACAGUUGGUGAAGCCUCCACAGCUCUGAGCUCUGCGGCCCAGGUGGCGCUCCAAUCGCUGUCCCAUGCCAUGGUGUCUGCGGAGCAGCAGCUGCAGGUCUUGCAGGAGAAACAGCAGCAGCUGCUGAAGCUCCAGCAGCAGAAGGCCAAGCUUGAAGCCAAGCUGCAUCAGACCACCUCUGCAGCAGCAGCCACUGCCUCCGGUGUGGGGCCCAUCCACAACUCUGUGCCUUCCAACCCCUCCUCUGGUCCGGGCUUCUUCAUUCACCCCUCCGACGUCAUCCCCCCGACACCUAAAACCACGCCCCUCUUCAUGACCCCUCCUCUCACGCCGCCCAACGAGGCGGUGUCGGCGGCCUUUAGCGCUGAGCUAGCUCACCUGUUCCCCGGCUCCAUGAUGGACCCCGGGCCUGUCAACCUGGCCGCACACAAGAACGCACAGAAAGCCAAGCCGAGCUCCAUGGGCAGUGGUCUGGCUCUGGCCAUUUCCCAGGCGUCUCACUUCCUGCAGCCUCCUCCACACCAGUCCAUCAUCAUAGAGCGGAUGCACUCUGGAGCUCGUCGCUUUGUCACACUGGACUUUGGCCGUCCCGUCCUGCUGACUGACGCUCUGAUCCCGACCUGUGGCGACCUGGCGUCUCUGUCCAUAGACAUCUGGACACUGGGUGAGGAGGUGGACGGUCGCAGGCUGGUGGUAGCCACCGACAUCAGCACCCACUCCCUCAUUCUGCACGACCUGCUGCCACCGCCUGUCUGCAGGUUCAUGAAGAUAACCGUGAUUGGGCGCUAUGGCAGCACCAAUGCUCGGGCAAAGAUCCCGAUGGGCUUCUACUAUGGCCACACUUACAUCCUGCCGUGGGAGAGCGAGCUUAAGUUGAUGCACGAUCCUCUGCGGGGAGAGAGUGAGGCGGCCAAUCAGCCAGAUGUGGAUCAGCACUUGACCAUGAUGGUGGCACUGCAGGAGGACAUCCAGUGCAGAUACAAUCUAGCUUGCCAUCGGCUGGAGACCCUCCUGCAGAACAUCGACCUGCCACCUCUCAACAGCGCUAACAAUGCCCAGUACUUCUUACGAAAGCCAGACAAGGUGGUGGAAGAGGACCAGCGCGUUUUCUCAGCCUACCAGGACUGCAUCCAGCUGCAGUUGCAACUCAACCUGGCUCACCACGCCGUCCAGCGGUUGCGUGUAUCACUUGGUGCCAGCCGCAAGUCGCUCCCCACAGCCGGGGCGCCGAAGACCCAGGAGCUGGUCCACAACUCGUCCACAGAGCAGCUGAGGACCAUCAUCCGCUACCUUCUGGACACACUGCUCAGCCUGUUGCACUCCAACAACGGCCACUCUGUGCCCUCGGUGCUCCAGAGUACCUUCCAUGCCCAGGCCUGUGAGGAGCUCUUCAAACACCUUUGCAUCAGUGGGACGCCUAAGAUCCGUCUUCACGCCGGCCUGCUGUUGGUUCAGCUCUGUGGAGGUGAGCGUUGGUGGGGCCAGUUCCUCUCCAACGUCCUGCAGGAGCUCUACAACUCUGAACAGCUGCUCAUCUUCCCUCAGGACAGGGUGUUCAUGCUCCUGUCCUGCAUUGGCCAAAGAUCCUUGAGUAACAGUGGUGUGUUGGAGGGCCUCCUGAACCUCCUGGACAGCCUGCUGUCUCCACUGCAGCCGCCACAAGCUGCUGCCCAGCGCAGGACUGAAGGUGUUUUGGAUAUCCCCAUGGUCAGCUGGGUCGUGAUGUUGGUUUCCAGACUGUUAGACUACGUAGCCAGUAUAGAAGAUGAAUCCUCAGGUGGGAAAAAGCAUCUUGGAGGGAAGGAGCGAGAGAGAUCUUUUACAGGUAUUCAGUGGAGCUUCAUCAAUAACAGCCUUCAGUCUCAGAACUCCAGCAGGUCAGCUAAAGGCAGCAGCAGCCUGGAUCGACUCUACUCGCGCAAGAUCCGCAAGCAGCUCGUCCACCACAAGCAGCAGUUAAAUCUAUUGAAAGCAAAACAGAAAGCUUUGGUUGAGCAGAUCGAGAAGGAGAAGAUCCAAAGCAACAAAGGCUCCUCCUACAAACUGCUGGUGGAACAGGCCAAGCUCAAACAAGCCACAUCCAAGCACUUUAAAGACCUGAUCCGUCUGCGGCGGACGGCCGAAUGGCCCCGCUCCACGUUGGACACCGAGUCCACGACAACCAAAGAAGCCCCAGAAGUAGAACCUCUGCCCUUCACGCUGUCCCAUGAGCGCUGCAUCUCCGUGGUGCAGAAGCUGGCCCUUUUCCUCCUCUCCAUGGACUUCACCUGCCAUGCCGACCUGCUGCUCUUCGUAUGCAAGGUCCUCGCUAGGAUAGCCAACGCCACAAGACCCACAAUCCAUUUGUGCGAGGUGGUGUCCGAGCAGCAGCUCGAGCGUCUGCUGCUCCUCCUCGUGGGGACCGACUUUAACCGGGGGGACAUCUCCUGGGGGGGCGCCUGGGCACAAUAUUCUCUCACUUGUAUGCUACAGGACAUCUUAGCAGGUGAACUGCUGUCUCCGGGCUCUCUGGACGUUAUGGAUGAGGUGGUGGGCGAGGAGACCGGGGCAUCGUCCUCCUCAGCGGGGGCCGAUUCGGACGACUCCCUACCCCAGCCGACGCCCAUCCCCCUGGUAGAGAGCAUCGAUGAGGCCCUGGUGCCUGAUAUCAUCGCAGGUGCUCCACCUCUGUCAUCUUUGGAAAAAGAUAAAGACAUAGACUUUGACUUGCUACAAGACCUGAUGGAUGUUGAUAUUGAUCCUUUAGAUAUUGAUUUGGAAAAAGAUCCACUUGCUGCCAAAGUGUUUAAGCCUAUAAGCAGCACCUGGUAUGACUACUGGGGCGCUGACUAUGGCACGUACGGGUACAACCCCUACAUUGGAGGGGUUGGUAUCCCAGUCUCCAAACCUCCAGUUGCUGCUGAAAAGCCCGGGUCACAGAGUCUGUCGGUCUCCGUGUCACAGGCACUGGAUGCCCGGCUAGAAGUGGGCCUGGAGCAGCAGGCUGAGCUGAUGCUCAAAAUGAUGGCGACUCUACAGGCCGACUCAAUUCUACAGGCCCUCACUUCGAGCUCAUCUACAGUGAGCCAGGCCUCCAAUGGGACCGAUGACUCCCUGCUGAGGGCUCUCCAUGGAGGAGGCUCUCCUCCAGCAGGCAGCCUGAUGAUCCAGCCCUCGUCCAUCCCCAUGUUGAGUGCCUGCUUUAACAAGCUCUUCUCCCUGCUGCAGGUCCACCACGUACAGCUGGAGUCCCUGCUGCAGCUGUGGUUAACACUCAGUCUCAACACGUGUUCUAACGGCACUGAAGAAAGCGGAUCAGACAUCUUCAUGUUCAACGCCGCGCGAGUGCCCACCAUCCCACUCAACCAAGCAUCCAUCAGCAGUUUCCUAACAGUGCUGGCGUGGUACCCCAACACCUCUCUGAGAACGUGGUGUCUGGUGCUGCACUCUCUCGCCCUGAUGACUAACAUGCCAGCCUGCGCCUCCAGCAACGGGAUGAGCUCUCAGGAAAGCACAGCACAACAGAUGGUGUCUGAUCCCACCCUGGUUCACGUCCUGGUGCGCUUCCUGUCCGGCAGCAGCACCAACGGGACGAGCCAGCACAGCUCUCAGGUGGGACCCACUGCCACCCAGGCUAUGCAUGAAUUUCUGAGCCGCCUGCAGGUCCACCUGUCCUCCACCUGUCCCCAGAUGUUCAGCGAGUUCCUCCUCAAACUCAUGCACAUCCUGUCUACUGAGAGGGGUCCGUUCCAGUCAGGCCAGGGUCCACUGGACGCCCAGGUGAAGCUACUGGAGUUUACUCUAGAGCAAAACUUUGAGGUGGUGUCGGUGGCUACCAUCUCCUCCGUCAUCGAGUCCAUCACAUUCUUGGUUCACCACUACAUCACCUGCUCCGACAAAUUGGUUUCCCGCAGCGGCUCAGACAGCUCUGUGGGCGCUCGGGCUUGUUUUGGGGGUUUGUUUGCCAACAUAAUCCGGCCAGGAGACGCAAAGGCCGUAUGCGGAGAGACGACGCGUGACCAACUGAUGUUCGACCUCCUCAAGCUGGUCAACGUGCUGGUGCAGCUGCCUCUCUCCGGGGACAGAGAGUUCAGCGGACGGCUGCCGCCGGCCGGCAGCGGAGCAGCCGAUAGCAGCGCGUCAGACGAGGAGAAGGUCUGCGGCAGCAAAGAAAGUGUGGCUGGUGGAUCCGCCUUCAGUCAGGGUCCCCCUGCAGGUGUGGCCGACCUGGUGUUAGCCAAUCAGCAGAUCAUGAGCCAGAUCUUGUCGGCGCUGGGCCAGUGCAACAGCAGCGCCAUGGCCAUGAUCAUAGGAGCCAGCGGCCUCCACCUGACCAAACACGAGAACUUUCACGGUGGUCUUGACGCCAUCUCGGUGGGUGACGGCCUCUUCACCAUCCUCACCACCCUCAGCAAGAGGGCCACCUCGGUCCAGGUCAUGUUACAGCCCAUCCUCACAUACAUGGCCUGUGGUUACAUGGGCAGACAGGGGUCUCUUUCCACCUGUCAGCUGUCGGAGCCUCUUUUGUGGUUCAUCCUCCGAGUGUUGGAUACCAGCGAGGCUCUCAAGGCCUUCCAUGACAUGGGUGGCGUGCAGUUGAUCUGUAACAACAUGGUGACCAGCACCCGGGCCAUUGUGAACACAGCACGCAGCAUGGUGUCCACCAUCAUGAAAUUCUUAGAUUCAGGUCCUGGAAAGACGGCGGAUGGCAACCUCAAAGCCAGAGUGAUGACCUCGGAGCCAGACAACGCUGAGGGACUCCACAACUUUGCUCCCUUAGGCACCAUCACAUCCAGCAGCCCCACAGCACAGCCGGCGGAGGUCCUCCUCCAAGCCACGCCGCCCCACCGCCGGGCCCGCUCAGCGGCCUGGUCCUACAUCUUCCUGCCGGAGGAGGCCUGGUGUGACCUCACCAUCCACCUUCCUGCUGCUGUGCUGCUGAAAGAGCUCCACAUCCAGCCACACCUCGCCUCUCUAGCCACCUGCCCGUCCUCGGUCUCAGUGGAGAUCAGCGCCGACGGGGUCAACAUGUUGCCGCUCUCCACACCAGUCAUCACCAGCGGCCUGACGUACAUAAAGAUCCAGCUGGUGAAGGCAGAGGUUACGUCGGCCGUUUGCCUGAGGCUGCACCGGCCUCGCGAUGCGAGCACUCUGGGUCUGUCUCAGAUCAAACUGUUGGGCCUGACGGCAUUCGGUAACACCUCCUCUGCAACUGUCAACAACCCAUUCCUGCCUUCUGAGGACCAGGUCUCUAAAACCAGCAUCGGGUGGCUGCGUCUUCUCCACCAUUGCCUGACCCACGUCAGUGACCUGGAGGCCAUGAUGGCCAGCGCUGCAGCACCCACUGCCAACCUGCUGCAGACCUGCGCGGCGUUGCUCAUGUCACCUUACUGCGGCAUGCACUCGCCCAACAUCGAGGCCGUGCUGGUCAAGAUCGGCCUGCAGUCCACUCGCAUCGGACUCAAACUCAUUGACAUUCUGCUGAGGAACUGUGCUGCGUCUGGCACCGACCCCGCCAGUGAGUCUCACACACAGCUGCGUCGCUGCCCGAGGGUUAACCCCCUGAGACCCGCCCGCGAUCCCAACCGACUUUACGGUCUUUCAGAGGCUGUAGGAGGUUCAGAUUUGAACAGUCCUCUGCUGUUUGGGCGACUGAAUGGCCUCUCCUCAGACUCCACCAUCGACAUUCUGUACCAGCUGGGCACCACGCAGGACUCUGGAACCAAAGACAGGAUCCAGGCUCUUCUCCAGUGGGUCCAUGACUCUUCGCGGGUGGCGGCCCACAAGAUGAGUGGCCCCAUGGGAUACGCCUGCGCCGGCUCUUCCUCUACUUCGCCGAGGGAGUACGGCCUCCUCAUGCCUUCGCCCUCCCACCUCCACUGUGUGGCAGCCAUCCUGUGGCACAGCUACGAGCUGCCCGUUGACUACGACCUGCCUGCGCUGCUCAACAGAGAGCUCUUUGAGCUGCUGUAUAACUGGUCCAUGUCGUUGCCGUGCAACAUUGUGCUGAAGAAGGCCGUGGACAGCCUGCUGUGCUCCAUGUGUCACAUCCACCCCAGCUACUUCUCCCUUCUCAUGUCCUGGAUGGGGAUCGUCUCGGUGCCCAGCGCCAGUCACUCUCAAGCCCAGCAACACCGCCUCGCCAUGACCGACGACGGCAAAAAGCAGCAUGACGCCAAUGCCAACGCCGCGGGACUCACCGACGACUCCAAGCAUGCCAGACCCCCCAUUAAUCUGUCGGAGUCCCAGUUGACCACGCUGUCGGCUGCCUCCCAGUCUCCGGGAGCCAUAGAGCAGCUUCUGGACUCGGGCUUACCCUCGCUGCUGGUCCGCAGCCUGGCUCAGUUCUGUGUCGGCCUUCUGGCCAGCGCCGACCUGCCUCUUCCCGCUGCUCAGGCUGAGAAACGACAUCACCAUCACCACUACCACUCAUCCUCCUCAACCUCACACAUUCGGACUCCUCUGGCCGCAGAGCUGGUUGCUCCGGUGCUGCGCUUCCUGACGGAAGUAGGCAACAGCCACGCCAUGAAAGACUGGUUAGGAGGACCAGAGGUAAACCCGCUCUGGACGGCGCUGCUCUUCCUGCUGUGCCAUUCCAGUGCCAGUGCCGGUGCCAAUGCAGGCUGUCAGCCCAUGGGCUCCGGAUCUGCAGCAGGUCCGGCUCCAUCCCAGCCUCAGGCUUCAGGGUCGCGCUACUCCCUGGUGUCUUCUGGGCAGGCGGGAGGUCUCACCACCCAGCAGAGGACUGCUCUGGAGAAUGCCACCGUGGCCUUCUUUCUCCAGUGUAUCUCCUGCCACCCUAACAACCAGCGGCUCAUGGCUCAGGUUCUCUGUGAGCUCUUCCAGUCUGCACCCCAGCGCGGCAACGUGCCCAUCUCUGGAAACAUCUCAGGCUUCAUACGAAGGCUUUUCCUGCAGCUCAUGCUUGAGGACGAGAAGGUCACGGUCUUCCUGCAGUCUCCCUGUCCGUUAUACAAAGGACGCAUCAAUGCCACCAGCCAUAUGAUCCAGCAUCCCAUGUACGGAGCAGGCCACAAGUUCCGCACCCUCCAUCUGCCCAUCUCCACCACGCUGGCUGAAGUCCUGGACCGGGUGUCUGACACACCCAGCAUUACAGCCAAGCUGAUCAAUGAGCAGAAGGAAGACAAGGAGAAAAAGAAUCACGAGGAGAAGGAGAAGAUGAAAGCAGACAGCGGCUUCCAGGACAACUACAGUGUUGUUGUGGCCUCAGGCUUGAAGUCCCAGUCCAAGCGAGCUCUUUCAACCCCUCCCAGACCUCCGUCGAGGAGGGGUCGCGUGAUGAGUGAAAAGUUGACUGCUACGUCUGGUGUGGACCCUUCAUCCAAAACCAUCAGUGUGCCUGUCUUCCACCUCUACCACAAACUGCUUCCAGGUCAGCCCCUCCCAUCUGACAUGACCCUGGCUCAGCUACUGACACUCCUGUACGACUGCAAGCUGCCACAGGGCUACCAGUCCAUCAACCUGACAGUCAAACUGGGCUCCAAGGUUAUCUCUGACCCCGGCCUUUCCAAGACGGACUCCUUCAAGAGGCUACGCACUGAGAAAGUGGAUCACUGUGACAUGCUGAACAGCUGUCCCGAGGACGAACCGAUGACCCCCGGUGACGAAUGUCUGGACGCCGCCACCGACGAGUCCCUGCUGGAGACCAACCCCAUCCAGUCACCGCUGCAGGUCUUUGCGGGCAUGGGCGGCCUGGCCCUGAUCGCAGAGAGGCUGCCCAUGCUCUAUCCUGAUGUCGUUCAGCAGGUCAGCGCCCCAGUGGUGCCCUCCACCACACAGGAGAAGCCCAAGGACAGCGACCAAUUCGAAUGGGUGACCAUAGAGCAGUCGGGCGAGCUGGUGUACGAGGCGCCAGACUCCAUCGCCGCCGAGCCGCCGCCCAUCAACAAACAGCAGUCUCAGUCGUCGUCGUCGUCGUCAUCCUCCGUGCAGACCAUGUCGCCCAUCCCUGCCCACUCACUGGCGGCCUUCGGCCUGUUCCUGCGCCUGCCAGGGUACGCAGAGGUGCUGCUGAAGGAGAGGAAGCACGCCCAGUGUCUGCUGCGCCUGGUGCUGGGUGUCACGGACGAUGGAGAGGGCAGUCAUAUCCUGCAGUCGCCAUCAGCCAACGUGUUGCCCACGCUGCCGUUCCACGUGCUGCGAGCGUUGUUCAGCAGCACCCCACUGACCACUGAUGAUGGCGUUCUGCUGCGCCGCAUGGCUCUGGAGAUCGGGGCCAUCCACCUCAUCCUGGCCUGUCUGUCGGCUCUCAGCCACCACGCCCCCCGCAACCCCAACGCCAGCACCAGUGUGUCUGAGCCGCAGAUAUCCAGUUGUCACGGUGGGGGGACCAGCGAGGAGCAGCAGCUGUACUGGGCUAAGGGAACUGGUUUUGGUACUGGAUCCACAGCCUCAGGCUGGGAUGUGGAGCAGGCCCUCACCAAACAACGGCUAGAAGAGGAACACGUCACCUGUCUACUGCAGGUCUUGGCGAGUUACAUCAACCCGGCGAGCUCCAGCAGCUGCCAAGGUGCCGACGCCUCUUCAGCAGAAAGCAGAGCCCACAACAGCUCGGCGCUGCCAGCGGUGCUGCAGGAGCUGUUGAGCCAGUCCUGCCUCAUCCCCGCCAUGUCCUCCUACCUACGCAAUGACUCAGUCCUGGAUAUGGCACGUCAUGUGCCCCUGUAUCGAGCGCUGCUGGAGCUGCUGAGGGCCAUUUCCACCUGCACGGCCCUGGUUCCUCUGAUGCUGCCUCUCUACGGAGACCUAGGACAGGACGAGGAGGAGGAGGACGAAGAGCAUUCUGAGGGACAGACCUCUGUAGGAAUGCUGCUGGCCAAGAUGAAGACAUGUGUGGACACUUACACCAAUCGCCUCAGGUCAAAGAAAGAUAAGAGUAAAGGUGUGGUGAAGCCGGAUAGUUCAGAUCCAGAGCCCGAGGGUUUGACUCUGCUGGUGCCCGACAUCCAGAGGACAGCUGAGAUAGUCUACGCUGCUACUACCAGCCUUCGGCAGGCCAACCAAGAGAGGAAGAUGACGGAGUCUUCAAGGAAGGUGUCAAGUCGGCCCAAGCCGCUGUCCAUUAUACGCUCUCUAGAGGAAAAAUACGUAGCUGCCAUGAAGAAGCUGCAGUUUGACACCUUUGAGAUGGUCUCGGAGGACGAGGAUGGAAAAGUGAUGUUCAAGGUCAACUACCACUACAUGUCUCAGGUGAAGAACGCCAGCGACACAAACAGCGCAGCCCGAUCCCGCCGCCUCGCCCAGGAGGCCGUCACCCUUUCCACCUCUUUGCCCCUCUCGUCCUCUUCCAGUGUCAUCGUCCGCUGCGAUGAGGAGAGACUAGACAUCAUGAAGGUUCUGAUCACAGGCCCAGCCGACACCCCGUACGCCAACGGCUGCUUCGAGUUCGACGUGUAUUUUCCCCAGGACUACCCCAACUCACCUCCGCUGGUCAACCUGGAGACCACCGGUGGACACAGUGUGCGCUUUAACCCUAAUCUCUACAAUGAUGGCAAAGUAUGUUUAAGUAUCCUCAACACAUGGCAUGGGAGACCAGAGGAGAAAUGGAACCCACAGACCUCAAGCUUUUUACAGGUGCUAGUGUCGGUGCAGUCCCUCAUUCUGGUGGCUGAGCCCUACUUCAACGAGCCAGGGUACGAACGCUCCCGCGGGACUCCCAGCGGCACCCAGAGCUCACGGGAAUAUGACGGCAACAUCCGGCAGGCCACUGUCAAAUGGGCCAUGCUGGAGCAGAUGCGCAACCCCUCGCCAUGCUUCAAAGAGGUGAUCCACAAACAUUUCUACCUGAAGCGAACAGAGAUCAUGUCUCAGUGUGAGGAGUGGAUCGCUGACAUUCAGCAGUACAGCAGCGACAAGAGGGUCGGCCGCACCAUGUCUCAUCAUGCUGCUGCAUUAAAGAGACACACAGCUCAGCUCAGAGAGGAGCUUCUGAAGCUGCCCUGCCCCGACGGUCUGGAGCCCGACAGCGACGACUUCUCAGAGAGGAGCGUCGCCCUCAUCCUCAAAGAGCUCCCCAGUCAGGAUGCAGAGAAGCCCGGUGGCAGUCAGGACAGCCACUGCAGCGAGGGCCAGCUAUGAGUCCCUCCCCACCCCACCUUCCCUCCCCCUUCCCUCCCUCCCCACCCCCCAGCAUCUCUGACCCUCCCCCCCCCUCCUCCCUGCUCCUUAUGAUGAUUAUAACUCUCGAAAAGACUUGAUGGCUUCAGAGCACAAGCCACCACUUUGUCAAUAUUUGUAUGUAAAGAUGGAAUAGCAGAAUAGCCGGGGGAAUGAGGGGAACCACAACACGAUGACAUGAACUAUGGAGUAUGCUACGCCCUUAUUGAAAACAGUCGACGAAAACUUUUAUUUACUUGUAAAAGAGUGUAAACAUUUUGUGCUUUUUUCCAAUUGUGAAAUAACCACUGAUUGGUAUGUUAUUAAACUUGUUUAUGUAUACAUAAUGAAAAUACAGAUUAUAUAAGGGAAACUACCUUUAGAGAAGAAUGUUUACUGAAUGUUAAUUUCCUUUUUUCUUCUUUUUGACUGUUAGAGUGAGAACAGUUGUAACCAAGGACAUUGGUCAUUCUUUAAGGAUAUUAUUUAAAAAAAAAAAAACGAGAGAUAAAGAAAAUCCACACUUAACAGAAUCUGAGAUAAAAACGCCCCUCUGGUCAUCCAUCGCUUCAUUUGACUUCUCUAGGAUCAUACCCACUUGAAUAAAGGCUGAGAUGGACAUUCUUAAAUACUAUGUUAUCCCUUUUACAGACUCCAAAUUAAAAAAAAGCACCAUGCUCUGGAUAAACAUUUGUUGCCUCUCAGAACUUCUCCAUUGACGUGACUGUAGAUCGUAAGACUGUGUGUCAGAGCCACAUGGGAAAUGUAUUUUGAAGGCUUGUGCAUGUGUAUGUGUGUUUUCUGUGCGUGUGCAACAAUCCCCCAGUGAGAUACAAAGCUGUGAUGUGCCUUUGAUCUACACCAUACCACCAAAUACACCAAGUACCUUUACUGAUUUUCUUUCUAUUUCUACAAAAUUAAUAAUUCUGCUCAGUCUGACAUAAAAAAAAUGCUUUGAUUCUUUUUUUUUUUUUUUUUUUAUGUUGAACUUCAGUGAACAAAUGCACUUUCUAUUUUACUCACUCCUUAGAACAGUUGCAUACUCCUUUUGCUAGGACAUUAAAUGGAGCUUGAAAGUA